AGUCGAUGCACAGGCACAACAGCCCAGUUCAUGGACGACAUGCGCGAUGGGUCGCCGUCGUCGGCGCGGCGGUCCUCGUCCUGCUGUACAUCAAUCGUGAUUUCUUCGAGCGUGUUCAAGUCACCGCUGGUUCGAACGUUCGCUCCAUCCAAUACGUCCCGAUGACGGAGGCGGACACCGAAACGUUGAGCACAAUGGACUCGGCGCGGUGUCGGGCCGCACUGUCGCUGAAUCCCCUUGAAGCGUUUGAAACAGUCAUGCCGAUUCCCACCGACGACGCGCCCGACCAAGUGUCCAUGUUCUACCGACUGCGCAACCUUGGGAUCAUGGAAGGUGAUGGAUACAUCAAGGACGCUGUGCUUCUUGUUGUCGUGUACAACAACAAGGAAUCUUGGGGCACAGGUCGCACCGUGCAAGAUUUCGUUCAACUGGUGCUGUCGUUCGACUACCCGACAACCAAGGUGUCACUAGGGAUCCUCACGUCGUCCCUCGACGAAUACGACAUGCUCAAGCAGCUCUUCCAUGCCAUCUUGACCACGGCGCGCUGGGCGCAGGUCACGUUGAUUUACCGCAACGACUUGGCUUCCGUAUCGUCGCGGGGACGCCGCCAUAGUGCCAGCGUCCAGAAGGAACGGCGUCGGAUGCUUGCGCGGUACCGAAACUACGCGUUGUCUCAGAGCCUCGAGUCAUGGCACUCGCACGUGGUUUGGAUCGACGCCGACAUUGCUGUGAUCCCGAGCUACUUGGUGUCGAAGAUGGUGGCUGCCAAGCUGGACAUUUUGCAGCCGCUCUGCCACCUUACCGGCACCAACUUUGACUAUGACCUGAACGCAUGGCAUGGCAAUCGAAAGCUGCCGACGCAGGAGGAACUGGAAGCGUAUCGACAAGGCAAUUUCUUGUUUGUUCCUGGCCCCGCCGACGACGGGCUCACACGUCACAUGAACGACAUGCGUUGGCACGAAUUCUACCCCUUGGAUUCCGUCGGUGGUACGAUGCUGUACGUGAAAGCAGACAUUCACCGGCAGGGCGUCGUUUUCACAACGCACCACGUCAUCGGGAGCGACUGGAAAUACGAAGGGUACGAUGGGAUCGAGACUGAGGGCCUGUGCUACGUCGCGGGCAUGCUCGGGUACAAGUGUUACGCGAUGCCCCAAGACAUUAUCUACCACCACCCCAUGUCCAAGAAAGAAAGGGCUUCGUAACACCCAAAGCAUCAUGGGUGGCCGAGCUUGAUGUGUGCAAAUUGGAGCGUUCCGCUCAAGUCGUGAAUCGAAAUCGAUCGGCAGCAGCGCUAGCUCGGUCGUGCUAACCCGUUCACCUCCACGUCCCUAAGGUGGGCGUAUCAACCUUGCAACGCACUUCGUCUCCAUUCCGCAGAGGCAUCUAAAGGUUGGAAUGCCACGGACGACCCCAGACUCAAGACACCAAAACAACGUUCGUCAAUGUCGUCGAAAGAAGUGCCUGCGCUUCCUACGCACUCCACUCAAAGAGAGAGGCCAUUAAGGGGACG